GGGAUGUGGCGCGCAGGCGGCAUGUCGGCCGAGCUGGGCGUGGAGUUCGCGCUGCGGACAGUGAAUGAUCGCGUGCAGCAAGCGGUGGCGCGUCGGCCGCGGGAUCUGCCAGCCGUCCAGCCCCGGCUCGUGGCCGUCAGCAAAACCAAGCCUGCAGACGUGGUGAUGGACGCUUACCGCCACGGCCAGCGCACUUUCGGGGAGAACUACGUGCAAGAACUGCUAGAAAAAGCAUCGAAUCCUAAAAUUCUGUCUUCGUGUCCGGAGAUCAAAUGGCACUUCAUUGGCCACCUGCAGAAACAAAACGUCAACAAAUUGAUGGCCGUCCCCCAUCUCUUCAUGCUGGAGACAGUGGAUUCUGCGAAGUUGGCAGACAAAGUGAACAGCUCCUGGCAGAAAAAGGGUUCUCCAGAAAAGCUAAAAGUCAUGGUGCAGGUCAACACCAGCGGAGAGGAGAGUAAACAUGGCCUCCCGCCUUCCGAGACGAUCGCUGUGGUGGAGCACAUCAACGCCAAGUGCCCCAGUCUGGAAUUUGUGGGGCUGAUGACCAUAGGAAGCUUUGGGCAUGAUCUUAGUCAAGGACCAAACCCAGACUUCCAGGUGUUGGUGUCCCUCCGGAAGAAACUGUGCGAACAGCUGAGCCUCCCCGCUGACAAGGUGGAGCUGAGCAUGGGCAUGUCUGUGGACUUCCAGCAUGCGAUCGAGGUGGGGUCCACUAAUGUCCGAAUUGGCAGCACCAUUUUCGGAGAACGGGACUACUCAAAGAAACCUGCUUUGGACAGAUCCACAGUCGACCCGAAGGCCCCAGUGGAGGUGGCUCCGGAACACUGAACCCAGGCACCACCUGUGGGCUCUGCCCCGGCAGACUGACCUAUGCACUAACUUAGAUGUUCAGUUUGAUCAGCCCCAUGGUAAGGCACCCCCUGGGUCUCCUUGCAGGCCUGGGCAGAGCAGACCGAGACUGUUGGUGUUGAUGGAAGUCGUCUGUGCUUAGCCUCCGACGUGGACGCCCGCUUCCAGCAGCAGCUUGGAUUGGGUUUGAGAUGUCCAGACGUUUCUGCAGAACGUGUGUAACCUGGAGUUCUGCCCAGGAGCACCAGUCAUGAAGGCCUUUUCCAGCUUAAGAUGUCAUCACUGAUGCCUGUCGUCAGGGGGGCUCCCAUUUGUCGCCACCCCUUUAAUAGAAACCCCCCUCCUAGUCACCAGCUUCACACAAGCACCUGCAGGGAAGGUCACCUCUGCUGCUCUGGAGCAGGCCAUGUCUGCCAAAUGGUGCCAUCGUCGGCGGGUUUGAGAAUCUGGCUCUGCUCCAGAUGGCAGCAUCAGUGCCUCGGGGAAGUGGCGCCAGUUGGUCAUUGCUAAACGCUUGUGUCAUUGGCCACCUGGUGGUAUUGACAUGGAGCAUCACAAGGGGUAUCAACAAGGACUUGAAGGGGCAAGACUGCUCGUUUGCCCUGGCAUCUGCAGUCAUGAGAAUUUAAUGGCGAGAUUUCUCCUCCACCAUAAUCCUAUGGUGAUUCUGUAUCACUGACAAACCCGAGAAACUCGCUGCUCCCCAGAAAUGGGAGCCCGGGGUCUCAUUUCAGAGAGGCCUACCUUUGGGUUCCCGUCCUGAGAAGCAAGCAAGCGCCAGCCACAUUGACUGCUUCCUCACUAUCUUGGUAAGCCAGAAUUUAGCAAGUUUUGAUUGUCAAGAAAGUAGCAAGAUCUUCAACCACCAGAAAGCACAACUCAGCUCGGCCAGAUGACUCAGGUGGGGGUGGAGGGGGGAGGGUGAAUUUUCUAAAUGGCUGGUUUUCCUCAUGCAUCCUUAAGCCUGUCUCUAACUUUGAAAGGACUUUCAGAACGUACUGCUGCUGAAUGUAAUUUUGUAAAACAUACCGUUGUGAUUCCUGUAAUGUUUUAAAGCUAUAGUGUGGUAUUUGACUCAUGAAAUAAAAAUGUGCUUUUGAAUUAUA